CGUCCUGACAACGCCGUGUAAAACUCCCAGUGCUUUCUGAGGGACCAAAACAACACACACUGACAUGUUGUGACAAGAGAAAUGACUGAAAACAUCAACAUGUCAUCGCGUUGACUGGUUAUGACUGAGUUUUGAAAAACGUUUUGAUAUUUGAAGAAGAAGAAAGAAAAAGAGAAGAAUCGUACGUAAAGAUCUCUUACAGAGACCCCCCCGGGAAUAAGACGGAACAACAAUGGGUCUGUUUGAUAAACUAGCAGGCUGGUUGGGGCUGAAGAAGAAGGAAGUGAAUGUUCUGUGUCUGGGAUUGGACAACAGCGGCAAGACCACUAUCAUCAACCAACUCAAACCAUCCAAUGCCCAGACACAAGACAUCGUCCCGACCAUUGGCUUCAGCAUCGAGAAGUUCAAGACAUCAAGUCUCUCCUUCACAGUGUUCGACAUGUCUGGCCAAGGGCGAUACAGAAACCUCUGGGAACAUUACUACAAGGAGGGUCAAGCCAUCAUCUUUGUGGUGGACAGUGGAGACAAGUUGAGGAUGGUGGUCGCUAAAGAGGAACUGGACACCCUCCUCAACCACCCAGGUGAAUCAUCUUCCUCAUUAUACACUCCUGAACCACCCAGACGUAAAGCACCGGCGGAUCCCCUUGCUGUUCUUUGCCAACAAGAUGGACGUGAGAGACGCCCUGUCUUCAGUCAAGGUCUCCCAGCUCCUCUGCCUGGAGAACAUCAAGGACAAGCCCUGGCACAUCUGUGCCAGCGAUGCUGUGAAAGGAGAAGGUUUACCUGAAGGCGUCGAUUGGCUGCAAGAUCAAAUCAGAACGAUGAGAACGUGAGAGGUUGAGAGAACGACGCGACGGGGAGGGGGGUGAGGAGGGGGGGAAAUGCCAUCGUCUGGGUGGCGUCAUGGCAACACUGGAGUCCCUCGGGCGUUGACCCCCCUCAAUGGUGUAAAUUCUCAACAUGACUCCUACCACCAACCACACACACACACACGCCUCAGAAGAGUUGGAGCCAGCUAUGACCUUCCGACCUUUAAAGAUCAACCAGUCUGGAUGGAGGACUAGCCUUUCCAACGGCCCCUGGAAAUAGAUAGUCUUUUCUUCAGAUAAUUCACACAUCUUCCCACCAGUUUCUCUUUUCACCCUCAUUUCAAAUGACCCACUCCCAAUAAACCAGUUUUAAAAGGAGUGUUGUUUUGUUAUGGACUGACAUUCUACAGUAAUGUUAUGGACUGACAUUCUACAGUAAUGUUAUGGACUGAUAUAUUACAGUAAUGUUUUGGACUUAAAUUUUACAGUAAUUUUUUUACACUGAUAUAUUACAGUAAUGUUAUGGACUGAUAUUCUACAGUAAUGUUAUGGACUUAAAUUUUACAGUAAUUUUUUUACACUGAUAUAUUACAGUAAUGUUAUGGACUGUAAUGUUUUGGACUGUAAUGUUUUGGACUGAUAUUCUACAGUAAUGUUAUGGACUGAUAUAUUACAGUAAUGUUUUGGACUGAUAUUCUACAGUAAUGUUAUGGACUUAAAUUUUACAGUAAUUUUUUUACACUGAUAUAUUACAGUAAUGUUAUGGACUGAUAUAUUACAGUAAUGUUAUGGACUGAUAUUCUACAGUAAUGUUAUGGACUGAUAUUCUACAGUAAUGUUUUGGACUGAUAUAUUACAGUAAUGUUUUGGACUGAUAUUCUACAGUAAUGUUAUGGACUUAAAUUUUACAGUAAUGUUUUUACACUGAUAUAUUACAGUAAUGUUUUGGACUGUAAUGUUUUGGACUGAUAUUCUACAGUAAUGUUAUGGACUGAUAUUCAACAGUAAUGUUAUGGACUGAUAUUCUACAGUAAUGUUUUGGACUGAUAUUCUACAGUAAUGUUAUGGACUUAAAUUUUACAGUAAUUUUUUUACACUGAUAUAUUACACUAAUGUUUUGGACUGUAAUGUUUUGGACUGAUAUUCUACAGUAAUGUUUUGGACUGAUAUUCUACAGUAAUGUUAUGGACUUAAAUUUUACAGUAAUGCCUACUUGGUACUCUCAAAACACUAGUUUAAUAUGUCAUGGUCAUGUUGGAUUCCCCUGGUAAUGAACCGUAGACCACCAGCGGGGGAAUCUAUGUAUUGGAUCAAAAUGAUUGUGUCCUGUAAAUGUUUGUGGGUUUAAAUAUACCGUGUGUUGUUGUUGUAGCUUAGCCAGGCUCAUAGCAUGACGACAGGAAUAAUAUGAUUUGUGUAAUUCUUCAUCAGAAUUAUAUUUUGGUUAUACUACAGUUCAUAGGACUCAAAUGGUUGUACAUUUAGACGUUGACAGACACUUCAGGGAGAAAAAAAGGCCCAAGAAGUUGUAAAAAUACGAAAACUCAAGACCCACAGGUUUUAUCACAGCACACCUAUGAAUUAGUCCUUAGUUAUCUAAUGUGGAGUUUCUCUUCUCCAACUGAGUCUUCACGUAGUGUUUCCAACGGUUCUGAGAUGUCCAUUUAUUUGCAUUGUACUGUUGAAGGUAUGAGCAGAAUUUGCAUGUAUUUGACUGUGUUGUAUCUGGUGAGGACAGAUGGUAUGUUGUCAGAGUAUUAGUCUUCUACAUGUUGUAAACAACAAUGUAACAUGUUAUGUUUUAUUGAUCUACCUUCUGUGAUACAUGGGAGAAUGAUAGAUUAAAGAAAUGUAGUCUCUC